GUCCUGUACUCUUCCCUCCUCUUCUACACGCCUCUCCCUCUCUCUCUCUCUGUCUCUCCGUCGUCUCGUUGUCUGUUCGUUAGGGCUUGCGAUCGCCACCGGUCGCGAGGGUUGGAGCCAUGGAAUUCUUGCGGUUUGGGGCUGAGGUGGCGGCAGGAGAGGAAGCCGCGACGGGGUACUGGAUGCGAUGGCAGACGCUCGUCUGCGCUCUGAUCGUCGUCGCCCCGGCGGUCGCCGCGGUGGUUGUCGCGGCGCGGGCGCCGGCGCCGGCGCGACCGCUCAGGGCCGUCGAUCUCUGGGCGCCGUGCUGGGCCGGGAUGCACCCGGCCUGGCUUCUCGCGUACCGCGGCUUCGUGUUCUUGGCCAUGGCGUGGCUACUCUUCCAGAUGAUUCUGUUUCGCGGAUUCUCCGCGUUCUACUUCUAUACUCAGUGGACGUUUGCCUUAGUCAUUGUCUAUUUUGCGAUCGCAACCAUUAUAUCCGCCCAUGGCUGCUGGCUUUACUCAAAGAGAAGUAUUAUGCCAGAUCAGGAGGUCAACAGAUUCCUAAAUGGUGGUUUUGAGCAGAAUAGUCCUAUGACUCUACCUUUGAGGACCAACAAAAAUAUGAAUGUAAUAAGAUUGCAAAGCUAUCAUGAACAGGAAGCUGAUGAAAAAAAAGCUGGAUUUUGGGGUCAUGCUAUGCAACUUGUCUAUCAGACCAGUGCAGGUGCUGUAGUGUUGACAGACAUUGUAUUUUGGGUUCUUCUAGUACCAUAUUUGUCUUCUAUAAAUUUCAGGCUAAAUGCUAUAAUGGGCUGCAUGCAUUCUCUUAAUGCUGUGUUUCUUCUACUCGACACUUUUCUCAAUAACCUGCCAUUUCCGCUGUUUCGAAUGGCAUAUUUUGCUUUUUGGAGCUGUAUUUAUGUGACAUUCCAAUGGAUCCUUCAUGCUCGUGGUUUUACUUGGUGGCCUUACCCUUUUUUGGAUCUUGCUACUCAUUGGGCACCUCUUUGGUACUUCCUCAUGGCAUUGGCACAUAUUCCGUGUUACGGAUUGUAUUGGUUGAUCGUUAGAGCGAAGAACUCAUUUUGCCCAAAAUUUUUACCAAAUGCUUUUAUAAGGAUAUAUUAGGUAUGUUUCUAAAAUGCUAAGCUCCCAUGGUUACACAAGUUAGUAAUCAUUGCAGUACACAUGCAAGUCGCCGUCAUGCACAACUAUGCAUAAUGAAGCCAAUAAUGUGACGACAUCCUUUGCAACUCAUAAACUUGUAAAAUGUUCAUUGGCUCUUUGUUGUUGUCAUUUGAGACUUGUAUGGUUAAUUUUCUAAUCAACUCUUUGGUGGUGGUGAAUUGUACUUA